UCUAUACCAGUUAAAAAUAACUCCGUAGGCCUCUUCAGGUAUUUCCAAAUUCCAAACUGAUAUGUAUAAAUAUAAAGUCAAAUUGCACUAGCAGUAAAGUAAUUCGCCGCUUGAAAAAUUCACAGCACUUGUUUUCUUUUUAUUAUGAUUUGGGGGGGGGGGCUUUUAAGGUAAAUAAAAAUUUGGUUUUAAAAGGAAAAUUGAUGGUAAACAAUCCUUUAAUGGAGGAUAGAGGAGACUAACGUAUGUAUAAUUUUGAUUUCCAACCCCGUGGAUAACCUAAAAGUAGACAUAAUAGCUAAAACUUCUUGUUUUCAGCACUCCAAAGUAUGCAUGCACCGUCUUGACAGAACAUGUCCAGUUCCAAAAUGCGACAAAAUAAGAUCCAAAGUUAUAGAGGAAUGGGCAAAGUUGAAAGCUAAGCAUGGCCAUUUAAUGAAGAUUGCCUUCCUUAUGUUAUCCCACGCUCGCCUAUGUGGGGAUGCAGCUUGUCGAGAGGGGGUUUGCUGCAAAAGAAUGAAACAGGUAAUUCGGCACACCAAUGUAUGCGCCAAGAAAGGUGAUUGCAAGUCUAAGAAUUUCCUAUUUUCUCUCUGUCAGCAACACCACGAAAUUUGUGCAGAUUUUACCUGUCCUGUUGACUUCUGUCAGGAAAAAUUCAGCAAUGUGGAAUUAUGUUCAAAAGCAGAGCAAGAGUCGUCCCAAGCUGUUAAAUGCUGCUCUCUCAAUGGAACCAGAGCGUAUUCAACUAAGGUAUUUUCUGAAUGCAAACACGACACAAAGAAAGUUGACCUAACAAAAGAGCCUUUCCUGUUGAGCAACAAUAUUAAAUAUGUGACGAAACCUGGCAAGUUGGUACAGGAAGGCGUUGGACAAAAACAACUAAUGACCCAAAUGGUAGAUGAAAACAGAAAGCCGUAUUCUUUUGGAGACACAAGGCAGCUUCCGCAUUUAAAUAACAAUCCACAAGAAUAUAUAAUUACCGAGAAUGCAUUUUUGUGUACAACAGACUUAGGGACGGUCACAAGAAGCCCAAAACAUGCACCAGAACAAAGGACAAACAUUGCUUUAAGACGCACGAUUCGCAGACGUCGAGAAGACAAAACAUGUUGGUACACCGAAGGUGAAGAAACUGCCCCUGAUGAAGAAAUACUGAUUGAUUAUGCUUGCUUCGACAACAGUGUAUCUAAGAACAUAUACAGUACAAAAUAUGAGCCAUGUGGUCAGUUGUUCACUGAAGACUACGCACUGUGGCCUAGCCAUCAUAGUAGCAAAUCCAAUCUAUUUUCUCCUACACAGCUUCAAAACAUAUUGAUGGGAAAAGAGCAUGGCAAACAUGAUGACAUCAACUCAAAAAUUUUAAGAAGGAGUAGUGGAGAUAAGGGGGAAAAUGAAGAUUAUGGGGAUAUUCCAACAAAAAAGGCUAUGCUUGCAGAUGAAGAAACAACUAAAGAAAAAAACAUAAAGCAACUUCUGAAAAAUGAAAAAGCAAUGCAUUGUGUUCGAAGACUUUUCCCUACAAACGAAGCAAAAAGUCCAGGGGAUUCUGAAAGUGACUCUGAGUUCUGCAAGAACUUGUCACAAGGCAGCAGCAGUCAGUCAGAAAAUAAUGAAUGGGCAAUUAAAGCAUAA